GAGAUCGGCUUCGGCUACGGCUUGGCAGACAUUUUUUUCUUUCUACAAUUUUAAAUUAAAUUUAUUAGAAUAAAUGCUUCGAACACACGCGAUCUAAGUACCUUUUGUGUUUAUUAUACCUUACCUACCUAGGUAUAAAAAGAGUACUUACGUAGAUUUUCUUUUAUUAACUGUUUUAUACGAAGAUCUUGAUCUCUCAAAUUAGCAUCCAUUUUACUUCCAGUGAUUAUCAACUAAAUUAAUAAUCCACAAAGUAUUAAAUAACGUUUUUAUGAAAUAUUUAGCACAAAAACAAUACCCUUUAAAUAUCGAUCGUCAGUAACUGUGGCUGACUUACCUAUAUUCUAGCAAGCAGGACUGCCAGAUGUGAAGGGGAAAUCCCCAAUAAAUUGUUGCAUGUGACUGAUGAUGUGAGCAUGUUCGUUUCAUAAUAAAAAUGUUGCCAGGUAACCAAAAAGUCGUAUGUUUUUGUGCGAAUUACGAUCAUAAUCUUUACGAUCGUACAUUAAAAAAUAGACAAAUAAUAGUAUGAGUACGAUUUAAAUCGUAUAUCUGUCAACCCUGCUAGCAAGACAGCGACAAAAUCACGUUGCAUAACAAUGUAGCCCAAGCUUAUAUCUUAUGAAAUAUACGGAAGAGAUACGGACUUAGAAAAAACAGAAAUGUUGUUCUUUGUGGAAGUCAUUGAUGAAAUUCUAUGUAUUUUAGCCCGCAAACUUUCUUCAAACAAAAACAGCGCCAUCUAGUAUCGAGUUCUGUAAUUAUCUCUUUGUUUAUGGAUUUGAAGUAAGACCGCCACGCAUGCAAUACAUUAUGACUGGGGAUUCCCCUAUUCGUCGACGCUGAAUAUGAGGCGACGACAAUCACUGUCAAACGUGUUCACUAUUACUCUGACUCUGGUAACGUGACUUCCUGGUAACGUGUUAGGUAGGAAAAGCAGUAAAAAAGUGCAUAUUAAGGGAGCAGAUUUGAAAUAAUAUUUAUACUUAACAAGAAAUAAUUAAAGGUUCAAUGGGGAGACCUAAAGAUUUACGCAUAUGGGAGCACUACCGUACUUUACCAAACAAGUCUGUUUCUUGCAAGCUUUGUAAUAAGGUCUACAAAUUCAGUAAUGCUGCCAAAAUGCUUCAACAUCUUAUCACUUGUCCAAAAUCUCCAGAAACAUUAAAAGACUCUAUGAAACUUAUAAAAGAUAGCUCGUCCAAAACCAAAAUGUCUGGACUGUCAGAGAUAGAGACAAAUGAUUCUUUUAUAAGCCCCUCGUCGUCUGCUAACACUACAAUAAAUGCUGAGUUUCAAGACACCGAUGAUCAUAUAAAAACAGAAUUAGCGAGAGCUAUAUUUGUAACAGGGACGCCAUUAUCGAUGGUGCAACAUCCUUUAUGGAUACAAUUUUUCGAAAAAUUGCAACCAAAAUUUAAAAUACCUUCACGUAAAGCUUUAGCGACAAAAUACUUAGAUAAAAUAUAUAGAGAAAUGCGUUUUGAGUUAAAUGAGGAACUAAAUGCUUGUAGUUACUUACACCUUCAGUGCGAUGGCUGGUCUAAUUUAAGAAAUGAAGGAAUAAUAAACUUUCUUAUAUCAAAACCUCAACCUGUAUACGUUAAAAGUUUGAAUACAGAAAGUAAUCCUCACACUAGUGAAUACCUUAGCCAAGAAGUUGAAAAAGUAAUGAAAGUGUAUGGAGCAAAUAAGUUUCUUGUACUUAUUGGCGAUAACGCUAGAAAUAUACAAAAGGCAUUCGAAUUAACAAAACUCAAAUAUCCACAUGUUGUUCCUCUCGGUUGCUGUGCACAUAUCCUUAACUUGUUGUGCCAAGAUAUUGUAAAGAUACAAGAAGUAACUGUGUUUAUUAUGCAAGCCAUAAAUAUAAUAAAAACUGUUAAAAGGAGUCAACGAUUAAGUUCCUUGUUGAUAAAAUCAAGGCAGGGUGAAGAUUCUACACAAACACUAAAAUUGCCUUGUGCUACAAGAUGGGGAAGUCAUGUUACUUCGUUAAAAAGUUUGAAAGCAAAUAAGAUAGCUUUGCAAAUAUUAACAGUUAGAGAAGAUGUGGUAAUUUCAAGAGAUAUUAAAGAUUUAAUUCUAAGUGAUGAUUUCUGGACGAAGACAGGGGAAUGUAUAAGUAUUUUGGAACCAGUCACUGAAAGCAUAUUUUACUUAGAGAGCGACCAGAAUCGUUUGCAUCGCACAUACAUUACAUUUAGAGAUGUACAAGCUAAGAUACGUUUUGCAUUAAAUGAGAUUUCGACAUUGAGCGAAGAAAGCAAACAGCAGAUUCUAACAUCAGUAUCUUCAAGAUGCAAUAUGGCAAUGAGGCCAAUACAUUUUGCAGCAUAUAUUCUAGACCCCAGGACUCUAGGAGUCGAACUUACUCAAGAGGAAGAACUUAAGGGUAUGGAGUUUAUCUACAAUUUAAGCCAACACUUAAGUUUGUCAAAUGUAAUGGCAGAUUUGGCGUGUUAUAAAGCUAAAGAAAACUUUUGGGCCAGAGGAUUUGUAUGGAGCUCAUUAGAUAGCAUUGAGCCCCUAAUAUGGUGGAAAGGUAUUUGUGGUUCCACUGAGUUAAGCAAAGUAGCGAUUCGUAUUCUAUCAGCUCCCUGUACUUCGGCAGCCACUGAGCGUUCCUUUAGUAUCCAAGGCUACAUACAUAAUAACAAAAGAAAUCGACUUACAACUGAAAGAACUGAAAAAAUUUCAUUCAUUUGUUAUAACUGGAAUCUUAAACAUAAAGCUGAAUGCGAGGACAUUCAGUUUAAUGAAGAAAAUACCUUAGAAGCUUUCAUUGAGCAAGUAAAUGAACAUAACAGUUUAGACGAAAUAGAGCCUAUCGAACCUAUACAAUUCAUCGCUUGUAAUAACUCUGAAUCUGACAGUGAUUGACUGUAGUUUUACAUUUUACUUUCAUCUCUUUCUUAAUAAACUCAAAAUCAAAUUAAAAGUUUUUUAUUCUGUAGGCUGCAUAAUAAUAUUGUCUAUGUCCAGUAUAGUGGACGUCUUGCGGCUGAGAUGACGAUGAUGAAGUACAAAAUCAUAAACACCCAAAAAUUUGGGUGUUUAUGGGGUUUAAACCCAAUAAACCCAAAACACCCGGUUUUUACCCACCAGACUUUAAACCCACCCAGGUGGAUUG